AAACAUAUAAAAAAUAAGAUCAACGACAAAAUUAAUAUUGUAAAAAUAACAUUUUCCAAUAAAAGAUUUCAUAAUUCCCAUAUAAUUUCUUUCUAAUAUUUUAAAAAAUUUAUCUUCCGAAGAAAUCGAGGAAGAAAAAACCAAGUACGAGAAAGAGUUAUAGAUCAAUACAAAAACAUAACAGCUUUAAUUUGUAUUAUAUAUAUUUGAUUGAAAACAAGUUGCUUGUGUUUUGCGCUUUCUUUGUGAUUGGCACUUUCCACUUUGACUUUGCUUUUACAAGUCAUUUUUAUUGAUUCUUAGUAGCAGUUCAUAUGAUUAAAUUGCAGGACCAAUUAACUUGUCUAUAGAGCAUGGAUUCUUCAUCUUCCCAAUAUGUUUCCACAAGAAAUAUUGGUGUAUAUGAUCCUACUCACCAAUUUACUAUAUGGGAAGAUCAUUUCAAGAGUAAUGGUGAUUUAAGUUUAUAUGAACCUAAUAUGAAGUUUAAUAAUCAGUCAGAAGAUGCUUCUUUUGGAAUAUUGGGAACAUCAAUCAAGUAUGACCAACAAGCUAAUAAACUUACUGAGAAGAUGCAAAGACGUCUCGCACAAAAUCGAGAGGCUGCUCGUAAGAGUCGUUUGAAGAAAAAGGCUCAUAUACAACAGUUAGAAUCGUGUCGUUUGAAGCUAGUGCAGGUAGAGCAAGAGCUAGAUAAUACAAGACAACAGGGAUUGUAUAUUGGUGGUGGAUUGGAUUCUAAUAAUUUAGGUUUUGCCGGUUCUGCAAAUUCAGAAAUAACAACUUUUAAGAUGGAGUAUGAACAUUGGGUGGAAGAGCAAAACAGACAAAUCUUGGAAUUGAAUAGUGCUUUAAGUUCUCAUAUAAGUGACACACAGAUUGAGGAACUUGUAAAUGGCAUCAUGAAUCACUAUUUCAAACUCUUUUGCAUGAAAUCUGAUGCUGCAAAAAUAGAUGUUUUCUAUGUUAUAACCGGCAUGUGGAAAACAACAUCCGAACAAUUUUUCUUGUGGAUUGGAGGUUUUCGCCCCUCUGAACUUCUAAAGGUUCUGGUUCCUUUGAUUGAACCAUUGACAGAACAACAACGGUUUGAUGCGUAUAAUCUUGAAAAGUCAUGCCGGCAAGCAGAAGACGCCCUUUCACAAGGUAUGGAAAAACUCCAGGGAAUGCUUACCGACACAGUAGCAGCAGGAGAACUCAUUGAAGGAACUUACACUCCACAUAUGGAUACUGCAAUAGAGAGGCUGGAAGCUCUGGCUAGCUUUGUCAACCAGGCUGAUCAUCUACGACAGGAAACCUUGCAGCAGAUGUCUCGAAUACUUACCAUACGUCAAACUGCUCGAUGGCUGCUUGUUUUGGGCGAGUAUUUUCAACGCCUAAGGGAUUUGAGCAAGGUAUGGGCCAAUCGUGGCCGUGAACCUGCUUAGUCUUCGAGCAAGAGAUAAAGCAAACUUGUAAUUUUGACACCAUGGUCGUGAUUAUUAUGACCACAAUUAUCUAGUGUCUACAUUCAAAACCAUGUCCAGAGGGUCCUGGUGGCUGGCAAAGAUGUGCCUUACGAAGUUGUAAAUAUGACUGCCCGUUUAUGAAUAGAUGAUUAUGGCGAGUCUAUUGAUAUUCGUAAAUUUUAAUGUAAAAUA